GCGCGUGGCGACGUGUCGGCCAUCUUGUGUUGUUGAGGCUGAGGACUGACUUGGGUUCUGAGACUCCCUGUCCCGGACCGCAGAUUUUAGUGGGACCCAGUCUCAUUAGGUUGAAUCUUCAGCCUAUCUUGGUGUUAACCCAGUCUCUUAGAGUGUUAAAAGGAUCUGAACAAAGUCUGCUCAAAUCUCUUGCUGUGAACCAGCAGAAUUUUUGAACAGGUUUCCCCGCAUAUAAAAAUCGAUUGUAAAAAUACUGAAAAGAAUGGCAGCAGAAACGCAGACACUGAACUUUGGACCUGAAUGGCUCCGAGCUCUGUCCAGUGGUGGAAGUAUUACAUCCCCUCCUCUUUCUCCAGCAUUGCCGAAGUAUAAAUUAGCAGAUUAUCGUUAUGGCAGAGAAGAAAUGUUAGCACUUUUUCUUAAAGAUAACAAGAUACCUUCAGACCUUCUGGAUAAAGAAUUUCUGCCUAUCCUCCAGGAGGAAUCCCUUCCACCAUUGGCCCUUGUACCCUUUACAGAAGAAGAACAGAGAAACUUCUCCAUGUCGGUAAAUAGUGCCGCUGUCCUGCGAUUGACAGGACGAGGAGGAGGAGGAACAGUGGUGGGGGCUCCUAGAGGUCGAAGUUCUUCAAGAGGGCGAGGCAGAGGCAGAGGUGAAUGUGGUUUCUACCAAAGAAGUUUUGAUGAAGUAGAGGGUGUAUUUGGUCGAGGAGGUGGCAGAGAAAUGCAUAGAUCACAGAGCUGGGAAGAAAGGGGUGACAGACGUUUUGAAAAACCAGGACGAAAAGAUGUAGGGAGACCAAAUUUUGAGGAAGGUGGACCAACAUCAGUAGGGAGAAAGCAUGAAUUUAUACGCUCAGAAAGUGAAAAUUGGCGUAUCUUUAGAGAGGAACAAAAUGGAGAAGAUGAAGAUGGAGGUUGGCGACUAGCUGGAUCAAGGAGGGAUGGAGAGAGGUGGCGACCUCACAGUCCUGAUGGCCCUCGUUCUGCAGGCUGGCGGGAACACAUGGAACGACGUCGAAGGUUCGAGUUUGACUUUCGAGAUAGAGAUGAUGAGCGGGGUUACCGAAGGGUUCGCUCUGGCAGUGGGAGCAUAGAUGAUGACAGGGAUAGCUUGCCUGAAUGGUGCUUAGAGGAUGCUGAAGAAGAAAUGGGCACAUUUGAUUCAUCUGGAGCAUUCCUCUCUCUAAAAAAAGUACAGAAAGAGCCUAUUCCAGAAGAGCAGGAGAUGGACUUCCGGCCUGUGGAUGAAGGGGAGGAAUGCUCUGACUCUGAGGGUAGCCAUAAUGAAGAGACCAAAGAACCCGAUAAGACAAAUAAGAAAGAAGGAGAGAAAACAGAUAGAGUAGGAGUUGAAGCUAGUGAGGAAACUCCCCAGACCUCAUCAUCAUCUGCUAGACCAGGUACUCCUUCAGACCAUCAGUCUCAGGAAGCAUCACAGUUUGAGAGGAAAGAUGAACCCCAAACUGAGCAAAUGGAGAAAACUGAAGAGGAGACUCGGAUGGAAAAUAGUCUACCAGCCAAAGUGCCCAGCAGAGGGGAUGAAAUGGUUGCUGAUGUCCAGCAACCCCUGUCGCAGAUUCCUUCAGACACAGCCUCUCCUCUUCUCAUACUUCCACCUCCUGUUCCCAAUCCUAGUCCUACCCUCCGGCCAGUUGAAACAUCAGUUGUAGGUGCUCCUGGAAUGGGCAGUGUUUCCACAGAACCUGAUGAUGAAGAAGGUCUCAAACAUUUGGAGCAGCAAGCUGAGAAGAUGGUGGCUUAUCUCCAAGACAGUGCACUAGAUGAUGAGAGAUUGGUAUCAAAACUGCAAGAGCACAGAGCUAAAGGAGUGUCGAUUCCAUUGAUGCAUGAAGCAAUGCAGAAGUGGUAUUACAAAGAUCCUCAGGGAGAAAUUCAAGGCAAGUUGUUCCUUUUGCCCAGUGCUGAAGUGUAUGCCAUUACCUACAGAAUCUCUAAGAAGUUAUUUGUUUAAUUUGAAUUAUAGUAG